AUGCAUGUGAACAUUGUAGAAUAGGUGGAAAAGUAUCUAUUAUUAUAAAAAGACCUAAAUAACAUUGAAAAUGUUGCACUUUAAAGAGUUUAAUGGAACUAUAUCUCUCUCUCAACCUAUAGACCUAAUUUGAGGAAAGUAUGGGAUAUUACUCGAAAUGAUAUGUAGUUUCAAAAUAUGGUAUUUAAAUAAUGA